AUGGGUAGAGGACCAAAGAAGCACCAAAAGCGCUUGAGCGCGCCAAACCACUGGCUCUUGGACAAAUUGUCCGGUGCCUAUGCUCCCCGUCCUUCCGCCGGUCCACACAAGCUUAGAGACUGCAUGCCCCUUAUCGUCUUCAUCCGUAACCGUCUCAAGUAUGCUCUCAACUCCCGUGAGACCAAGGCAAUCGUUAUGCAACGUUUGAUCAAGGUCGAUGGCAAGGUUCGCACCGACGCCACCUACCCAGCCGGUUUCAUGGAUGUCAUCGGUAUUGAGAAGACCAGCGAGAACUUCCGUUUGGUUUACGACACCAAGGGACGUUUCACCGUUCACCGUAUCCAAGCUGAGGAGGCCGAAUACAAGCUCGGAAAAGUCAAGAGAGUGCAAUUGGGCAAGGGCGGAAUCCCAUUCUUGGUCACGCACGAUGCUAGAACUAUCCGUUACCCAGAUCCAUCCAUCAAGGUCAACGACACCGUCAAGAUUGACCUUGCUACCGGAAAGAUCACCGACUUCAUCAAGUUCGACACUGGUGUUAUCGCCAUGGCUACUGGUGGUCGCAACAUGGGACGUGUUGGUGUCAUCACUCACCGUGAACGUCACGAUGGAGGUUUCAACAUUGUCCACAUCAAGGAUGCCAUAGACAACUCUUUCGCUACCCGUGAGAGCAACGUUUUCGUCAUCGGAGCUGAGAAGCCAUGGAUCUCCCUUCCAAAGGGUAAGGGUGUUAAGCUCACCAUUGCUGAGGAGAGAGACCGCAGACGUGCUCAUGCCAUCGCUGGUCAAUAAAUGUAGUACGUUUUGCUUUGUAUUUGGGCCAGGGGGAGUCAUGGAAUGGGAUAUUAAAAAUCUCCUUUUGCAAUAAGCAAAAGUUUAUGAGAAAUAUGACGACACAUUUUAGUAUGAGUCGAAUUUUUACCACAAUGAUAUAACCC